GUGGCUUUGCUCUGUUCUUCUCGACCCAUCACACAGAAAAAACCAAAAAAAGAAAGAAUUUCAAGUUUUCAACUGUCAAAAUCUUGUAGUAGUAAUGGAAAAUCAUCACCGAAUAUCCGCCACAAAAUACAACGGCGAAGCAGUGUCGGACGAUGUGGGCCAGGGGAAGCUAUAUUCUCCAAACCACGCGAUCAAAAUCUCUCCAGAAUCCGACGAAAACGUGGGCCAAGGGAACCUCUACUCUCCUGACCACGCGAUCAAAAUCGCAACGAACCCUGAUUCCGUGGAUUCCUCAUCAGAGGAAGAAGAAGGAGAGAAGCAGAGGAAGACGAUCAUGUUGGGGCUGAAGAAUCUUGCGGCGGUUAAGGAUAAAGUGUUAGAAAAACUAUCGGCUGCUUCGGUUCCAUCUGAGUCGCUUGAAAACGCUAAACAGUUUUUGGAAGGAGCCAUUAAGGAUUUCGCCGGAGCGGCGCAGGGUAUGACGAAAGACGCGUUGCACCGGAUUAAAACUCAGCUCGCUGUUAUUGUUCCGUCUGUUUCUCCUGCCGUCACCGAAAAGAUAGUGGACGAUGCUGAGAAAGAAGCCAUUGACGGAGAGGAAGAAGAUGAGAGCAAGUCAAAAGAAAGCUCCGGAAAGUUGCCGUUUGUUUCUCCGACAUCUUCGUUUUUCAGCUCUCUCGCCAAACCUUUCUCCAAGCUUUGAUGGGUUUGUGUCGUACGCCUUCAUGACUAUCUGAGAUAAAUAAGACAAAGUCUGAGAUCUUCUGAAGUUUCAAUGUUUACUUAUAAUGAAUGAAGAUACUUUUUAUGUUUAUCAUUCAAAAUAUUAUGAGUUUUGUGUAAUAGAAAACUGGGUUUCACACCCUUUUUAUUAUGUUGGUGGCCUUGGAUUGUUUGUAUUAGCACACAAAUUUUAAGUUGAAUAUAAGAAAUAAAUGGUAAUGGACAUAAA